AUGGUGGGUCGAAAAAAUACUCCCGAAUCAAAGGGCAAGUAUUGGUGUGUUGUACCAGGGUGCAAUUCCGAUUCAAGAAAGAAGAAUAAACUAGAUAAAUAUCCUUGGAUGGAGGAUGUCUCCUUUGAACCCUUCCCAACGAAACGCAAAGAGCCAAAACUUCGAGCGAAAUGGCCGAUCACCAUGAUACGGCGCCCCAAAGAAUAUGAACCUUUAGCUCAUCACAGAGUUUGCACGAAACAUUUCGUAGGAAAUUGUCGCUCAGAAAAUCAUACAAUCCCAGAACUUUUCCCAUGGAAUAAUUACAAAUCAGUAUAUACAACAAAACCCCUGUCUAUUGAGAAGCGAGAACGAGCAAUGGAGCAAAGUGCAACAGCACCUGCAUUCCAAGACAAGGCAUCAUAUGCCACUAAUUUGACUAAAGGGGAGAAUCCCCUGGCUCUCAGACCCAGCACAUAUGCUGCAAGUAUCAUUGUCAUCUCAGUAACACGUACCAGUAGACAUAAGUGUGGGCCUGCGCCAUUUGCUGUGUAUGAAACAGUUGUAGAGUCUUGCAAACUUUCAGAGUCAGCACCAUCCACAACUACUGAAACAGAUCACAGCUACAGCAGACCACUUGUAGACAGGUUUCUAACAACCAGUGAUGAUGUUGAAGAUAAAGGUACACAGACAGACCUCACUUCUGAAGACAUGAACAACACUUCGAGAGAAAAUGAACAAUUAAAGGCAAAACUCAGUGAUAAAGAUGCACUUCUCAGAAACCUGUUCAUUGAAAAAGUAACCAAAAAUGACAAAUCUAUCCAACAAUAUACUGGGUUACCAAAUUUAGAAACUUUUAAUAAAAUUAGUGACUUAACAUUAAAGUAUGAACCAAAUUUGAAAUACUGGACCGGUGAACAUAGCGAAAACGAAAAAAGCUAUCAAAAUAGAGGGAAUAAGCCGGGUCCAUCUAGAAAGCUAUCAAGGUACCAGGAAUUGAUCCUUACACUUGUGCGAUUUCGCCUUGCAUUGCCAGUGGUAGUUAUGUCUGAUUUAUUUGGGGUGUCUUGUUCCAGAAUCUCUUCUAUAUUCUCAACCUGGAUUUUUUAUAUGUAUUUCAUGUUUAAAGAUUUCAUUUUCUGGCCAUCCCGAGAACUAGUGAAGAAGUUCAUGCCAAAAUCUUUUUACAAAUUUCCAAGGACCAGAGCUAUCAUAGACUGUUCAGAGAUUUUCAUUCAGAGACCCAGGGACCCCUCUGUAAAUGCUAGGACAUAUAGUACAUAUAAAUCUCACAACACCUUUAAAUUUCUGGUGAACAUUACACCAACAGGUGCUUUUAACUUUGUGUCUCAAAUAUGGGGAGGGAACACUUCUGACAGGUACAUUACCAUGAAUUCUGGUUUCUUAGAUUAUGUGUCACCGGGAGACGAGAUUAUGGCUGACCGGGGUUUCACCAUUCGAGAUUUACUUACAGAGAGACAUGCUUAUCUGAAUAUACCACCAUUUACUCGUAAGUGUACUUGGGGCAAAGGGAAGUACCUUACAUCUACUCAAAUUAAAAAAACCCGUCAAAUUGCAAAUUUGAGAAUCCAUGUUGAGAGAGCCAUUCAAAGGUUGAAAUCAUUUAAACUUAUUUCUCAGAUUCUACCCUGGAGUAUGAAAUCUUUAGUCAAUCCGAUGAUCAUUUUAGGUGCAUUCUUUUGUAACUUAAAGAAACCUCUUGUAACCAAGUGACACUGUAUGCAGUUUGAAUCAAAUAAAUCCCAUGAUCUCAUUUUAAACAAUAUUUAAUUUUGUCAUCAAUCUUGAAAAAAAAACGACAAAUAUCUGCAUUUACUUUAGUGCUACUAACUUGCACUGUCUAUGUUCAAUUGUAAAUCAUGAGUUAUACACUUGUACUACAUUUACCAUCUGUAAAACAUGGUCAGAUAUUUGACAUAAAUCUAUAGAAGUUACCAUUUGUGAAACCUGGUCAGAUAAUUGACUGAAUUCUGUAGAAGUUACAUUUAUCUUUGACAAUGAUUAUAUGGUUAUUGAUAUCAGCUGAAAAAAAUUUGUACAAUUUUUUGUGUACCUGUAAUCAAAUGUUUAAGGCUGUUGAUACUUAUACUGUUUAACUCUAAUCACGAUCUAAGUGUAUAAUUUGAUUCUGAUAUAAUAAAGCAAUCAAUCACUCA